CCCCGUACCUCCCCCUCCACCUCCACUUCCACCUCCUCUUUCUCUCCCCCCACCUUCUGUGAAUCCACUUCUCUCUCAAACCCUUCUAUAAAAUAACCUUUCGAGAGAUUUAGAAGGUUCCUACAUCCCAUUUCUUCCAAAAGAUCGCAUCAGAUGGCUGCCCGGAGCUUACAAAGAUAGUUCUGGCCGCAAAGACGCCAGCUUUCCAUCUGUUUUCCUCUGCAAAUUCAUCUUUUUGAUCUUGGUUUAUUUGGUUUUAUCCAGAGAUUCUGUUUUCUUGGGCAAACAAUAAAGCCAGGUUGCAUCAAAAUUUGAUCUUUCUUCUUCGACGACGGCGAUUUUGAAACCGAUUCGAUAGAGGUUUUGAUCAUAGAGCUCUCUGUUUCCGUUGGAGGCCUCCGAAAUGCGAGACCUUCGGCAACCAAGGAGAAAGAGUGCAGCAGCUGUAAAAGAAGCCUUUUUCUCCCUUCUUCUAAGCUCUUUCCACUGAUUUCAAGCUAUGGAAAGCGUCAGCUCGGCCUUCUUCUCCAUCCUGCUGAUGCUGCUGUAUGCUUCCCCUUCUUCCAUGGCGGCGACCGACGAAGCCUCCGCUUUGAUCUCAUUCAAGUUUUCGUCCGUUAAGCUUGACCCCAGAGGCUUCUUGGAGAACUGGGCUGUUAACGGCAGUGCCGACAAUCCGAAUUCGGACGCCCCGUGCUCGUGGACUGGAGUGAUUUGCUCGCCGGCCGACGGGCGGGUGCGAGGCCUGAACCUGAGCAACAUGGGCCUAAUUGGCCGGGUUAGCAUUCACGAGCUCAUGGCGCUGCCGGACCUCCGCAGCGUUGAUCUCCACGGGAAUUUGUUCUACGGCAAUCUCUCUUACAGCAGCACAGCUUCCUCUCUCCCCUGCAGCUUCGAGACCGUGGACUUGUCGUCGAACAGCUUCAACGAAACCAUUCCGGGGGACUUCCUGGCCUCCUGCCCAAGCUUGGUCUUGCUCAACCUAUCGAGGAAUUCGAUCCCCGGCGGCAUUUCUCCGUUUGGGUCUUCGAUCCAGGUGCUCGAUUUGUCCCGCAACAGGAUAGCCGACCACGGGCUGUUGAACUACUCGCUUUCGAGCUGCAACAAUCUGAACUAUCUCAAUUUGUCCGACAACAAGCUCACCGGGAGGCUGAGGAGCCUGCCAUCCUGCACCAAUCUCAGAGUCCUCGAUCUAUCAUAUAACAUUAUCUCCGGGAACAUUCCGGCGAACUUCAUAUCGAAGUCGCCGGCCUCGCUGCAGCAAUUGGAUCUCUCCCACAACAACCUCUCUGGUGGAUUCUCAAGCUUCGACUUUGGGCGCUGUGGUGGGCUCUCGGUGCUCGACUUGUCCUACAACGGCCUCCAAGGCAGGGGGCUGCCGCCGAGCUUGGCCAAUUGCCGGCAGCUCGUGAGGCUCGAUCUCUCAGGCAAUCAGUUUGUAAGUGAAAUCCCCGUAUUCUGGCAGAACUUCCCCAAAUUGAAGCACCUAUCUCUGGCCAGCAAUGGUUUUAAAGGUGAAAUCCCGCCGGAAUUAGGCCGGACAUGCGGGGCCAUCGCCGAGCUCAACCUGUCGGGAAAUCAGCUCACUGGUGGGCUACCGCCGACUUUUGUCUCCUGCUCUUCGCUCCAGGUACUCGACCUUGCCAAUAACCAGCUCUCCGGUGAUUUCCUCGAGCUGGUGAUCAGCACUCUGCCUUCUCUGAAGCUUCUCCACCUUCCAUUCAACAACAUCAGCGGUCGGGUGCCAUUUCGGGCGCUGACCAACUGUACAUUGCUCGAAGAGAUCGACCUCGGCUCGAACGAGUUCGCCGGCGACAUUGAAAUCCCAUCUGGCUUCUGUUCAUCUCUUCCUUCCCUCCGGAGGAUCCUCCUGCCGAACAAUUUCUUGAUAGGAUCCGUGCCGUCGGAGUUGGGCAAUUGUACUAAUCUUCAGACCAUCGACCUGAGCUUCAACUUCUUGAGCGGCCCGAUUCCUUCGGAGAUCUGGUCGCUUCCCAAACUAUCGGUUUUGGUCAUAUGGGCUAGCAAUCUCUCCGGCGAGAUACCGCAAGACCUCUGUUCAAAUAGCGCGAGCUUGGAGACGUUAAUCCUCAGCUACAACAUCAUCAGCGGAAGCUUCCCCUCGUCGUUCGCCAAGUGCGCGAACCUUAUAUGGGUGUCCUUCUCCGGCAAUCGCCUUGUCGGGAGGAUCCCCAGCGGCAUCGGCAACCUGCAGAAGCUGGCGAUCCUCCAAUUGGGCAGCAACUCGCUCUCCGGAGAGAUACCGCCGGAGCUCGGCAGCUGCCGGAAUCUCAUAUGGCUCGACCUCAACAGCAACGCCCUGAGCGGCUCCAUCCCGCCCUCCCUCGCCUCGCAGACGGGGCUUAUAGUCCCCGGCAUUGUGUCCGGGAAACACUUCGCGUUCUUGAGAAACGAGGGUGGCAACAUUUGCCCCGGCGCCGGCGUCCUGUUCGAGUUUGAGAGCAUCCGGCCCGAGAGGCUUGCGAGCUUCCCGCCGGUGCAUUCCUGCCCCUCUACAAGAAUAUACACCGGCACGACGGUCUACUCCUUCGCGAGCAACGGAAGCAUGAUCUACCUCGACCUCUCCUACAAUCUGCUCUCGGGGACGAUACCGGAGAACUUGGGAACCAUGUACUAUCUCCAAGUUCUGAACUUGGGGCACAACAGGCUGACGGAGAGGAUACCGGAGAGCUUCGGAGGUCUGAGAAUGAUCGGAGCGCUCGAUCUCUCCCACAACGAUCUCGCCGGUUACAUCCCGGGGACGCUCGGCACGCUGACAUUCCUCACCGACUUGGACAUCUCCAACAACCGCCUCGCCGGCCCGAUCCCGACAGCGGGCCAGCUCACGACAUUCCCGGCGGCGCGGUACGAGAACAAUUCCGGCCUCUGUGGGGUCCCUCUGCCCCCUUGCGGGGCUAAUGCCGAUGACCACCAUGGCUCCCAUCCACAGCGGUGGAAGGUGUUCGGCGGGAGCAUCCUGAUUGGCGUCGGUCUAUCUCUGCUCAUCCUGGCGUCGCUCAUGCUGGCCCUGUACAAGAUGAAGAGGCGCCAGAAGCCGGAGGAGCUGGGAGGUGCGUAUGUCGAGAGCCUCCCGACCUCCGGCACCGCGAGCUGGAAGCUUUCCGGCGUUCUCGAGCCUCUCAGCAUCAACGUCGCCACCUUCGAGAAGCCUCUCAGGAAGCUGACAUUCGCGCACCUCCUCGAGGCCACCAAUGGCUUCAGCGCCGGCAGCUUGAUCGGGACCGGCGGGUUCGGAGAGGUCUACAAGGCCCAGCUCGAGGAUGGGAGUGUCGUCGCCGUCAAGAAGCUGAUCCACGUCACAAGCCAGGGGGACCGAGAAUUCACCGCCGAAAUGGAGACGAUCGGCAAGAUCAAGCACCGGAACCUUGCGCCGCUGCUGGGCUACUGCAAGGUUGGCGACGAGAGGCUUCUGGUCUACGAGUACAUGAAAUUUGGAAGCUUGGAUAUGGUUCUCCAUGACCGGAGGAGCAAGGGUGGUGCUGUUCGACUAGAUUGGGCGGCGAGGAAGAAGAUAGCGAUCGGCUCGGCCAGGGGGCUCGCCUUUCUGCACCACAGCUGCAUUCCCCACAUCAUCCACCGAGACAUGAAGUCGAGCAACGUCCUCCUCGACGAGAAUUUGGAGGCCCGAGUGUCCGAUUUCGGCAUGGCGAGGCUCGUGAACGCCCUGGACACCCACCUCAGCGUAAGCACGCUUGCAGGAACGCCGGGCUACGUGCCCCCCGAGUACUACCAGAGCUUCCGGUGCACCACCAAGGGGGAUGUCUAUAGUUAUGGAGUUGUGCUCUUGGAGCUCCUAUCGGGGAAGAAGCCAAUCGAUCCUUUGGAGUUUGGCGACAGCAACCUCGUCGGUUGGGCGAAGCAGAUGGUGAAGGACAACAGAAGCAGCGAGAUCUUCGACCAUGAAUUGCUGGGAAAAAACUCGGGGGAGGCUGAGCUAUACCAGUUUCUAAAGAUUGCUUGCGACUGCUUGGAUGACCGACCGCUCCGGAGGCCGACCAUGAUUCAGGUGAUGGCGAUGUUCGAAGAGCUUCAGAUCGACACCGACAGCGAUUUCCUCGAUGGAUUUUCCGUCGGGAGAACCAUCAUCGAUGAAUCAAGAGAGAGAGCGCCUUAAAUCUGCAUGGAGUUCGUAGCGUGAUCACAAAUUUUGUUGCAUUUGGAAUGGAAAGUGCUGGUUGCUGCCAUUUCAAAGGGUUGAAUUAUUUUUUGGACAUCUGAUUGCAGCAUUUUGAUUACUGUAAAUAGCACAAGAAUGUUUAGGAGAAAGAAGAGAAUAUUGUAGAUUAAAUCAGAGAAGAUCUUUUGUUGUUCGAUGGGAGACCGGGAAAGGAAAGAAAAGGGGUCUUGGAUUAAUUA